CAAGGAGAAACGAAAUACAAGUUCGCAUCUACUCGACAACCGGGUUAUCCUCAAUCUAUUAAUUAGCUAAAUGCGAUAAACGCAUUGAUUUGUGCUUUCGUCAGUACACGGAACAAGUGCAUGUAACCCGUAUGACAUAUGUAACACAACAAAAAGAAACGUCACCGCAUGUUUAACUGAUAUACAAGCAGAAGUCGGUCACCGAACCCACAUCGUGGUACAGCUGGCCUAGGCCGAAAACGAUCAUCCAUCAACUAAAACAGUCCUAUUUUGAUGUCAUGGCAGAGAAGUUUUGUAUCAAGUUGCAAAGUGGGAAUGUGAUGCCAGUGAUUGGUUUAGGAACAUAUGCGCCAAAACAGGGAGAAGAUGAGGUGAUUUCUGCUGUUAAAGUUGGUGUUCGUGCUGGGUACCGCCACCUAGACUGUGCUGCCAUCUACAGAAACGAGCGUGCAGUGGGUCAUGCCAUCAAGGAGCUGAUCAUUGAGGACACAAUCAAGAGAGAAGAUUUGUUUGUCACCAGCAAGCUUUGGAAUACGUGCCACCGCCCUGACCUUGUGCGUUCAAGCUUGAAGAAGAGUUUAUACGACCUCGGUCUCACCUAUUUAGACCUUUACCUUAUUCAUUGGCCGAUGGGCUUACAGGAAGGUGGUGAAUUUUUGCCGAAAGAUGAAGAUGGUACAGUGCUGUUCUCGGAUGUUGAUUUCGUGGAGACAUGGAAGGCCCUGGAAGAUUGUGUGGAUGAGGGUCUUGUCAGAGACAUUGGUUUAUCAAACUUCAACAGUCAACAGAUAUCACAGAUACUAGACAUCGCUCGUAUACGACCCAGUAAUAAUCAGAUUGAAAUCCAUCUUCACUUAGCAAAUUCCAAACUCAUCCAAUUCUGUCAGGAGAAUAGCAUUUCUGUAACUGCUUACUCACCGCUUGGAAGUCCAGGCAACAAAGCUGCUUACCAGAGUGUUCCCUUCAGCCAAUCUUUGCAAGAAGCAGUGGUACUAGACAUAGCACAGAAGAAAGGCAAAACACCGGCACAGGUCAUUCUUCGUUUCCUACUUCAGAAAAAUGUAUGUGUUAUCCCUAAAAGUGUAACACCUGCACGAGUCAUUGAGAAUUUUCAGAUAUUCGACUUUGAAUUAGAUUCAGAUGAAGUGAAGCAGCUAGAAAAUCUUAAUAAGAAUCAUCGAUUAAAUUUAGAGACUCAUUCCAUGAAACACAAGUAUUAUCCUUUCAAUAUUGAGUAUUAAUGAAAGAGAAGAAUGGACAUUUUCGAAUCAAAUUCAGCUGAAUACCAAAUACAACGAUCCCCUUACGGUUUACCUAAGAGCUGUCUGAGGAUAAUCCAUACAUUGCCAUAGGUUUACAUGUGCCAGCAGACUAUUGAAUGUGACUCAAUAUAUAUUGUUCUGUGGGUAAUGCUGAACAGUUUCCUGAGGUGACAAAUAAUGAGAUAUAUUGCUCUAUGUGCUGGCUAGCUGUCUAAGGGAACAUUUUGCUGGAUCUGUUUGCAUGAUUGCUCCAUCUGUGUGCUAGUGAGCGGUCCGAGGGAACUCAAUAUACUGCCCGAUCUGUUUGCCAGUAACCUGUCUGACGGAACUCAACACCACCCGUAUAUUUCUGGAUCUGUUUGCAUGUGAGCUGUCCAAGAAAACUCAAUAUAUUGCUGAGUAUAUACUGCUCUGUGUGGCAGUAAACUUGAUUCAUUUAUGUAUAUUGAACUGUAUGCUUGGCAACUGUUUAAAGAGACUUUAAGAAGAACGAGUUCAAAACUGUGAGCUGAAUUAAGUUGUUGUGUUGUUUGAUGUGCAGACAUACAAUCAUGUUUAUUGGUGCUAAAACAAUAUACAAAAGAUAUAGACAUGUAUAUUCAUUUAUAUUUUAGUUUAAAAUGAGUCUGCAUUACACAAAUUUCCUUGAAUUUGAAACAUUUGUGUACCUUUGAGGAUGUGAAUUCUGUGGUAAGACUAAAAAAUGUAAUAAAUAGUAAGACAACAAAAAUCCAGUAUAAAAAAUCAGUAGUAUUUAAUUGAUAAUCAUAGUCUGUGACAUAAGCAUUGUUUACAUGUGUUCUACAAUAAGCCUAUUCUGUUUCUGAUGAUAAGUCUUAAGUCAGAAUUAAGUUCCAACUGUAUGGUGACAGGUUCUGUAUACCUGGUCAGUAUGGUGACAUAUAACUGUAUACCUUGACGGUAUGGUGACAGGUUCUGUAUACCUGAUCAGUAUGGUGACAGUACUUUAUACCUUGUCAGUAUGGUGACAGUACUGUAUACAUGGUCGGUAUGGUGACAGGUACUGUAUACCUGGUCAGUAUGGUGACAGGUUCUAUAUACCUGGUCAGUAUGGUGACAGGUACUGUAUACCUUUUUGGUAUGGUGACAGGUACUGUAUACCUUGUCGGUAUGGUGAUAGGUACUGUAUACCUGGUCAGUAUGGUGACAUAUAACUGUAUACCUGGUCAGUAUGGUGACAGGUACUGUAUAACUUGUCAGUAUGGUGACAGGUACUGUAUACCUGAUCAGUAUGGUAACAGGUUCUGUAUACCUGAUCAGUAUGGUGACAGUACUUUAUACCUUGUCAGUAUGGUGACAGUACUGUAUACAUGGUCGGUAUGGUGACAUAACUGUAUACCUGGUCAGUAUGGUGACAGGUUCUAUAUACCUGGUCAGUAUGGUUACAGGUACUGUAUACCUUUUUGGUAUGGUGACAGGUACUGUAUACCUUUUUGGUAUGGUGACAGGUACUGUAUACCUUUUUGGUAUGGUGGCAGGUACUGUAUACCUUGUCGGUAUGGUGACAGGUACUGUAUACCUGGUCAGUAUGGUGACAUAUAACUGUAUACCUAGUCAGUAUGGUGACAGGUACUGCAUACCUUGUCAGUAUGGUGACAGGUACUGUAUACCUGAUCAGUAUGGUGACAUAACUGUAUACCUGGUCAGUAUGGUGACAGGUACUGCAUACCUUGUCAGUAUGGUGACAGGUACUGUAUACCUGAUCAGUAUGGUGACAUAUAACUGUAUACCUAGUCAGUAUGGUGACAAGUACUGCAUACCUUGUCAGUAUGGUGACAGGUACUGUAUACCUGAUCAGUAUGGUGACAUAACUGUAUACCUGGUCAGUAUGGUGACAGGUACUGUAUAACUUGUCGGUAUGGUGACAGCUGCAGGUAGUGUAUAUCUUUUCGGUAUGGUGACAUGUAUUAUCAUUAAAUUCAUGCUAUGGUUUAAAAAAUUUUUUUUUUAGACUUUUGACAUAUAGUUUAUCAAAUACAGAAUAAAACACUCAGCAGUGAAACUGUAUGGGAAGUGUAAUGUUUUUGUGUACUUUUGUUAGGUUGUAUACAAUUCUGUAGUAGUGAGAAUACUAUAAAGCUAUUCAAUGUAUAUUUAUGUAUAGUUGAAGUAUACAUAGUUUUAAACAACAUGACCCAAAAACCCUGAAACUCUAACUUGUUGAUAUAUUAUGAUCCUUUAUCAUUGUGAGAAGUCAAGAAAUCAAUUGGAAGGCACUAGAGCGCUGACAAUCUUUAGCAUUGCAUACAUAUGUAGAAGAUGGACUGAGCAGAAACCUUAACCUUAUUCUAUUUAUAGUCCCCCCCCCCCCGCCAGAUUUUACAGGUAGGGAGAGUAACCCACAUAUACAAUUUAUUGACCUGGUAUCCUCAGUCCUGAUGGUCGUACAUAAUCAAACUUGUCUUAAGUCGAUCAAUUUUUAUAUUUUUCCAUUUUGGUUAUAUACAUGUAUAGAAUAAUAGAAUACACAGUUAUAUCACAGAGCCCCUAGCUGGAGCUGUGUAAAGAAAAAAAACGAAUUACUGGUAAUUCAGGUUUUUUUUAAUCCAAAUAAAACAGCACAUAACUGAAGAGUGAUACAGUGUAUAUCCCUUUUAAAAUGGCACACAGGAUCAUAAACACUUCGAUGAUUGGAACUGGAUGUUUUUAUUAUGAUUUACACUCUGACUGACAUCUAUCCUACAUAAAUGUAUAUUAUACUUUUUUCAGACUCCAACCCAUUAAUACAUGCCUAUAACUGCCUCUUCAUUGUGUAUAGGCGUGGGUAUUGUACUGUUCGAGUCCUUGGACUUUUACUCUACAAUAGCAUAAAUACAAUUUCUUUAGUGUAUCAAAAGAUAUAUUUAAAGAUUUAAAUGUUACUUUUAAAGCACUUGUUUUCUUUAGGUAUGGUAAACUGGGUACUAUCUGACCAAUCGUGACUGUCAAGUUGCUGAUCACAUUGAAAUAUUACCAGGUAUAAUAAAUAUCAGAUCAUUCUAUAAUAUAUGGUAUUAUUACCUGGUAUAAUAAAUAUCAGGUAAUUUUAUAAUAUAUGGUAUUAUUACCAGGUAUAAUAAAUAUCAGAUCAUUUUAUAAUAUAUUGUAUUAUUACCAGGUAUAAUAAAUGUCAGAUCAUUUUAUAAUAUACGGUAUUAUUACCUGGUAUAAUAAAUCAUUUUAUAAUAUAUGGUAUUAUUACCUGGUAUAAUAAAUCAUUUUAUAAUAUAUGGUAUUAUUACCAGGUAUAAUAAAUGUCAGAUCAUUUUAUAAUAUACGGUAUUAUUACCUUGUAUAAUAAAUCAUUUUAUAAUAUAUGGUAUUAUUACCUGGUAUAAUAGAUCAUUUUGUAAUAUAUGGUAUUAUUACCAGGUAUAAUAAAUGAUUUUAUAAUAUAUGGUAUUACUAACUAUUUAUUAGUAUUUAAUCACUGCCAUAUCAUUCUCUACGUGUAAAUAUAAUAAUUAUAGGGGGAAGUGUUUAUAUCUUAAUCACUUAAAAUAGAGACUUCAAAAAAGGAAAAGUCAAUAAAAUGCAUUUUAUGUACUGUAAAAGCAAAUGAGUUUCUCUCCAGGAUCAAUCCUGUGUUGUGAACUGUUCGUUUUAAAUAUUAAAUUUCAAAAUUCUUUAUAUUUCUCAGUACAUUUAAUCAAUUGAUUUGAAGUCAUGUACAUGUAUUGCAUAAAUGUUUUUGAAUAAUAGUAAACAUAGACUAUAAUUACCUGCUAUGCAUUUAAAAAAAAAGAACUUAAUUUUGAAUGAAGUUCUAUAGUUUGUGUUUUUAAUUGCUGGAUAUGCAAUGAUGACGUUUAGAAAUUACAUUUAUUGUUAUGUAUAAAUGUAUGCGAUACAUGUUUUACUAGUGGUCGUUGAGGACAGCCUGUGACACCUUAGCCUAAACAUUUAAUGGUGAUGCUUGAUUACAAUACAAAAUGUAUUGAAAUCUGUCGAUGUAAUUGCAUUGGUAGUUUCAUUAUUGCAAUAAAAUUGAAAGUAUCGUCA